AGCUGGAGGAAUUUUAAUAAACCCUCCCCUGUAGGCGUGGGCCUAAAUGAAGCUAGCCUAGUUAAGCCUGAUCUUUUUCUGUUUGUGAAAAGAGCUGAACAGAGCUGAAGGCUGCAUGGUGGCUUCAGGAGCUGCCUACUUAAUUUGAAGAGAACAAUGGUAGGAAAGGCUAGAUCUUCCAAUUUUACCUUAUCUGAAAAGCUUGAUUUACUAAAGCUUGUGAAGCCAUAUGUGAAAAUUCUUGAAGAACACACUAAUAAACAUUCAGUAAUAGUGGAAAAGAAUAGAUGUUGGGAUAUCAUAGCAGUUAACUAUAAUGCAAUUGGAGUAGACCGCCCUCCUCGAACAGCGCAGGGCCUACGCACCCUUUACAAAAGGCUCAAAGAAUAUGCCAAACAGGAGCUAUUGCAGCAAAAAGAGGCCCAAUCAGAUUUUAAAAGCAAUAUUUCUGAGCCAACCAAGAAAGUUAUGGAGAUGAUUCCCCAGAUUUCCAGUUUUUGCCUGGUAAGAGACAGGAACCACAUACAAAGUGCAAACUUGGAUGAGGAGGCACAGGCUGGUACCAGUUCUCUACAGGUAAUGUUGGAUCACCAUCCUGUUGCCAUUACAGUAGAGGUGAAGCAAGAAGAAGACAUUAAGCCACCUCCUCCACUGGUUUUAAAUCCUCCACAGAGUGAUGCUUUAGAGCAAAGAGAAGAGAAUGAAUUAGUGCAUGCCAUGGAAAGAUCUGUGUCGCCAUCCCUCUCCUCUGUUGACAUGAGAAUGACGACGUCUCCAUCUCCUGUCCCAAGGAGAGAUGAUAUUUUUCGGCAUGAGAGUGGAGAACACUUUAGGUCACUCUUAGGGUGCGAUCCUCAAAUCUUGCAGAUUUUGAAAGAGGAGCAUCAGGUGAUUUUAGAAAAUCAAAAAAAUUUUGGGUUGUAUGUUCAGGAGAAGAGGGAUGGAUUGAAAAGAAGGCAGCAGCUAGAGGAAGAGCUACUAAAAGCAAAAAUUGAAGUGGAGAAGCUGAAAGCAGUUCGCUUACGGCAUGGUCUACCUGAAUAUAAUAGUUUCUAAGAUUUUUUUUUUUUCAGGCUCGCAAUUUGAUAGUUUAAAUUUUAGCUAGAUUGCUUUAAUUCAGGAAUACCCUGAUGCAGAACACAUAUCCUUGGAAAAUGUAAUUAAUCUCUACUAUGGAAAAACUUUUUGACUUUUUUUCUAGUUAUUUAAUUUUCUUGUAAUGUAUUAAAACUGAUUAAUGUAUUAAAUGCUGAUUGAUUGGCACAGUUA